AUUUGGGUAAGAAUCGUGUUCAACCAGGGAGCCAAGCUGCUGCAAGCCACUGAGUGUAAUGGACUCUGGAGGACUAGCACCGAACUCGGGCUUUGCUUGUCGUCGAUAUCAAAGAGAGGAGCAGGGGCACUCUUCGGAUGACGAGGUUUGGGGUAGAUGAUUUUUUCUUUUACGCCACAAUCCGCGUGUAUUUCCUUUUGACAGUUGUCGAGAGCGUUCGGCCGCAUAUCUGUGCGGGUUGUGGACUUGAGAAAGAUAGUCGUCGAGAUGUGCUGAUCUCAUUCUGCUGGUGAUAUGAGCUCGUCGACUGUGCCUUUUUCUGGAACGUGACCUCUAAAUGGAUGAACAACACGGUUGAGCUCGGGAGCCCUGACCUGCCCACCAUGCUCAAGUUCUCUUUGUAACGCCUCUGCUUUAUAAUCCUUUCAAUUGUGCUGAGUUCGCUGACAAUUCAUGAAGUAAUUGCUGUAUGCGGUCCAACAAGAACACGAAAAUUUUGCAGCGUUCAGUAGAGAACGCGUGAGUCGUAGCAACCAGAUUUGGAGGAAGUUGUUGCACAAAGGAAAAUUUGGGGAGAGCAGCGUCUGUCGAGCCGGUAUCCUUCUGCGAGAGAUUUGAAUUUCUUUGCGAAGGAGGUCGUGGAUUUUUGUAGAGUUGGGUGGCGAUGUACGUCGCCUCGAGCAAAUUAGGCUACUCUGGUUGUUUGCUGAGCACUUGUUCAUCCUAUCGAAAAUGGGUAUAUCAGUUUGCAGCUACGCAGCAGCAGCAGCACAAGAGCUUGAAGUCCAGCUGGGUUGUGGGCGUACCCCGGCGCUUCUCCAGCUUGGAGAGCUCUAGAGCAACUCUUUGUAGUGAGCCGACGCAGCUCUUCCCCAGGAGGUGGUCGGUGGUAGCCUUGAGUGAUGACAAGGGGAAUGGCUCCGUCGACACCAAUGGGUAUCAACUCCCUCCAGAAGAGAUCAGGGAGAUUGUGGACGCACCGUCGACACCUGCUCUCUCAUUUUCACCUAAGCGGGAUGAGAUCCUAUUCUUGCAGCGACGCUCGUUGCCUCCUGUGGCUGAUUUCGCAAAGCCGGAGCUUAAGCUUGCAGGAAUGCGGAUCGAUCCUGAUUACAAUGCCCGAAGCAGGAUGUCCUUUUACACAGGAAUCAACAUCCAUAAGUUUCUUGACGAGGGGAUGUUAGGUCCUGGGCGGUCUGUUUCUGGUCUUCCCGAGGGUGCCAAAAUCAACUUCGUGAGUUGGUCACCAGAUGCUCAGCAUAUAGCGUUUAGUGUUCGAGUCCCUGAAGAGGAGGAUGGCCCACCCUCAUUGCUGAGUCUAUGGGUUGCAGAUGUGAAGACAGGGCAAGCCCGAAAGCUGAUCGGCCCCCCACAAGUUUGCCUUAAUACCAUUUUUCGAUUAUAUUCUUGGGUUGACGACAAGACAAUCGUAGUUAGCACUAUCCCUGCCUCGCAUGGAUCACCUCCCAAAAAGCCUCUGUCUCCAGCUUGCCCAAAUAUUCAGUCCAACGAGCAGAAACUUGUUGUCCAGAAUCGCACUUACCAAGACCUUUUAAAGGACAAGCAUGAUGAAGAUCUUUUUGAUUUUUACACAACAACACAGCUAGUAUUAGUAACCCUCGAUGGAACAGUGCGGCAUAUCGGAUCACCGGCGAUUUAUACAUCUGUCGACGCUUCACCUGACUGUAAUUUUCUACUCGUUGAUUCCCUUCAUAGACCAUAUUCAUUUAAUGUACCCUGGGGACGUUUUCCCAAAAAGAUUGAGGUGUGGCGGAGGAAUGGCGAAUUUGUCAAAGAAAUUUGUGAUUUGCCCCUUGCUGAGAAUAUAUCAAUUGCAUCGAACAGCACACGAAAGGGUCGGCGAGGCGUCAAUUGGCGUCCCGACAAGCCGGCAUCUUUGUACUGGGUAGAAGCACAGGACGGAGGUGACCCUAAAGUUGAUGCCUCUCCUCGUGACAUUGUAUACACGGAACUCGCUGAAACCUUGGGUAACACUGAGCCACAAAUUAUAGCCAAAACAGAUCUCCGAUACGGAGGCAUGUUAUGGGGUGACGAGUCCUUGGCAUUAGUUUAUGAGUCGUGGCACAAGACCCGCCGCACCCGAACGUGGAUUAUAGCCCCAGAGGACUCGAAUGUGGAGCCUCGCAUCCUGUUUGAUCGCUCAACAGAAGAUGUGUAUUCCGAUCCUGGAAAUCCAAUGUUGCGCCGAACAGUCCUUGGAACUUACGUGUUGGCGCAACUCAAAAACAGUGAUGGCAAGAGCUGUUUAUUGCUAAACGGCAGUGGCGCCUCUCCCGAUGGCUAUGUUCCUUUUAUAGACCUAUUUGAUACGGAGACCGGCAAGAAGGAACGUAUAUGGGAGAGUGACAAGGAAAAAUACUUUGAAAAUGUUGCCGCACUUAUGUCAGAUAAAGUGGAUACUGAUUUAUCUGUUGGAAAUCUCAAACUUCUUAUAUCAAAGGAAUCACAAAUAGAUCCACCUCAAUAUUAUUUGCGGACCUGGCCAGAACAGAGAGUUACGCAAGUCACAAAUUUCCCUCAUCCAUAUCCCCAGUUACGGAAUCUCAAAAAAGAGAUUAUCAAGUACAAGAGAAAUGAUGGUGUCCAACUGAUGGCAACUCUGUAUUUACCACCUAGUUAUGACCCUUCUAGAGACGGCCCACUACCUAUGCUAAUGUGGGCUUAUCCUCGAGAAUUCAAAAAUAAGGAUAAUGCUGGACAGAUGCGGGGAUCUCCAAAUACGUUCGCCGGCAUUGGAUCUACUUCUGCUUUGUUGUGGUUGUCCAGAGGGUUUGCUAUCCUUGAUGGACCUACUAUGCCAAUCAUAGGAGAGGGCGACGAAGAAGCUAAUGAUCGGUAUGUGGAGCAGCUUAUAGCCAGUGCACAAGCAGCAGUUGAUGAGGUUAUUAGACGUGGAGUGGCUGAUCCUAAGAAGAUAGCUGUAGGUGGACAUUCUUAUGGGGCGUUUAUGACAGCGAACUUGCUCAUUCACGCUCCUCAUCUUUUCUGUUGUGGGAUUAGUCGGUCUGGUGCUUACAAUCGCACACUCACUCCCUUCGGUUUCCAGUCGGAGGAGAGAACUAUAUGGGAAGCGCAAAAAACUUACAUUGAGAUGAGCCCAUUCAUGCUAGCAAAUAAACUCAAGAAGCCUAUUCUGUUAAUCCACGGUGAAGAGGACAACAACGCUGGAACUGUUACUAUGCAGUCGGAGCGGUUCUAUGCUGCUCUGAAAGGAAACGGAACACUAUGCCGGCUGGUUCUUCUUCCUCUUGAAAGCCAUGGCUACUCGGGACGUGAAAGUGUAAUGCACUGCCUCUGGGAAAUGGACCGAUGGUUGCAGAAAUAUUGUGUAAAUGCGUCUGAGGAGUAACCCCCUGAACGGAACUUGAACGGUGACCUGAUCAGUGCAGGUGCACCUGAACAUGAAGCCAUGGCUUUGACUUAGCGAGGCUCGCUUACCACUUGUUAUUAUACUCUUGAGAUUCAUUGGAAGCAGCAAAAUGUGAUGGAUUGGCAGAUAUGACGGGAUACUCUGUCACCAUUCAUCCAUUUAUUUACAAAUUCAGCAUUUUCUUGUC